AUGCCUCAGGUCUUGUUCCUGAACGAUUCGAUUUUAGUCCCGUUGCCUCUGAGAUUCAUGGAGAAAUGCAGGCUCGGUGGCAAGUCGGGCGGCGAAGCCUCGAGAAAGGAACGAAAGGCACGCAGUCACCGUAAUGGACGCGGUUCCGACUUGUUCUGGCCACCGUCUUUAGAAAGUAGACUUCGAGUGUUCGAACGGUUAGUAUAUCCGCUCUCCAGCCACCUUGGCACGUGUUCCCGCCUCGAAGAGAAAGUAUGCGUGUUUUGGAGGUGCCUCGAACGUGUUUCAAUGUCUAUAGUCGGUUUACGGCUUCUCCCGAACGUGUUGAACUGGAAGGACAGUGUCAUUGGACUCUUGUCAUUCCAGUUACCAAAAAAAUGCAAUGCACAUAUAAUGUCAAACACAAAAUUGGAGUAUGAAAUAAAUGGUAAGAUAAAUGAUACUACUAUACAAGUAUUAUACUACUACAUUUUAAUUAUCCGUAUAAUAACAGACGAUAAUUCAUACUCAGAUUCAGUCGAGGAACAAUUCAUUUGGCUUCUUAGAUUCGCCACUGUCAGGAGGAUUAAAGAUUUUUUAACAAAAGUCCCGUCGAUAGACCUACAUUAUCCGACGCCAAAUUUGAAAACGCCUGUAACGGCAGCUAUUGAUCGUGGCGACCUGCAAAUCCUGUCGUUUCUGUUGGAAAAAAAUUCCACUGGUUUGGACAAUGCUAUCACUCAACCUUGGAGUAGAACUGCACUUAUGUACGCCUCGUACGUCUCGAGAAACCCGGAACUGUUACAAAUUCUUUUGAAGAAGGGUGCAGAUCUCCAAAAAGUGGACGUACGAGGCUGGAGUUGUCUUCAAUACGCCAUUGUAGGAGAACGAUCGAAGAAUGUAAAAUUCCUUUUAGAUACCGGCGUUUUCAUAAAUCAGAGAGACGCGCAAGGGCGAACACCGCUUAUGAUCUCAGUAUACCGCUCGAAUGUCAAUAUUCUUUCGAUUUUAUUGGACCAUGGGGCUGACGUCAAUAUACGGGACAGUAGGGGUUUCACCGCUCUUCAAAUAGCUAUUUUAUGGAGAAAAAGGGACGCAGCGAUUAUAUUAAUCGAAAGAGGAAGCGACACGAGUGUCGUUACACCUAUAACCAAGGCAACAAUUGGUGAACUUUGUAGAACGAGUAUGCCGAAUAUUCUUCGGUGCCUCGAACCAAAAAGAUAUUAUAGCGAAGCAUUACAAUAG